AUGUCCUCGAGUACCAUCAAUAACGCUGUCAUCGACAAGGCCUUCGAGGAUAACGCACCGCUCCGCAAACGCGUCUAUUCCGCGAUUGCCUCCACCCCCGAAUACACCAGCCUCUUCGAAGACAUCGCAAAAUAUACCUCCACGCUCCGCAGCGGACUAGGUGGCGGGUCAUCCGCAUCUUCCCAACUACGAGUUGCAGCGGGAGAAGGCCCGGCGGCAAAGAAACGCAAACUCAUCGAUGGAGGUGUAGGAGUAGGGGCGGGAGCGGGAGCUGGUUCUACGAACGAUGCAGCGCUGUUAGCGGGCCUAACGGCUGAUACUGAGCUACAGUUCUAUUUACAGGACCUAUCGUUUGCUAUUCCGCAGCGCAAGAAGUUGCGGUUGGAAUUGACGCGGUUGGCGCCCUCUGUUGCUGGUGGGAAGGAUGGAUAUCUGAGGGCGCGGAAUCAGGCGUCGAAUGAGGUGGAGUUUGGGAUUCCGAUGUCGAAGAUUCAGCAUAUCCUCUGCCUACCUGUCCCAGAGAAAACUCAACGGCAGUUUAAUUUCUGUAUACUUCCCGAGUACGGGGAUGGCAUCACGACUGUCCCCGAUGACCAAAUUGCAUUCGAGCCAAUUGUCUGGACCAUUCCGGAUGGCCCGCCACGAACCGCAUUCCUAGGCUCAGGCACACCAGCCAUGGAGAGCGCAAAUCUUGCGGAGACAUAUGAAAGCUAUCUGAAGCGAAUGCUUGAUGAUAAUCUACGGCAUACGAAAGUGAUUUGCCCGAGUGAGAAAGAAUUUGUGAGCCCGACCCCUGAAGCCCAUCGGAAAGGGGAUAAGGCGUAUCAUGUCAAAGCGUUCCGGGGGAGCAAGGAAGGAUUCCUCUUCUUCCUCUCGACGGGCAUCUUCUUCGGCUUCAAAAAGCCCCUCAUCUUCUUCUCCCUCGAAAACAUUGACUCCAUAUCCUACACCUCUGUGCUCCAGCGGACCUUCAACCUCAACAUCGCCGCCCGCUCCCCCUUAAAUCCAGACGAGGUGCAGGAGUUCGAGCUCUCCAUGAUCGACCAGUCGAACCACCCGGGCAUUGACGCCUAUAUCAAAAAGCACGGGCUGCAAGAUGCCAGCUUGGCUGAGGCGCGUCGGGCUAAGAGACUUAACAUCAACGGCGUGAAGAGCGGGGAUGACGGCGCUGAUGGUGCUGUGGGUGCUGGAGCUGGUAAUUAUGCUGGGCAGGGCGAGGAGGAGGAGGAGUCUGAAUUGAUGAAGGCGCAGAGGGAGAUGGAGGAUCGAGAAGAGGAGGAGGAGGAGGACUAUGAUCCUGGUAGCGAGGGUGAAAGUGAGGGGAGCGGGUCUAGUAGUGACGAGGAGGAUGAGGAUGCUGACGGGCAGGGUGCUUAUGAUCCUGAGGAGGGUAGAGAUCUUGUCAGGGAGGAGUUAGGGAGUGAAGCUGAGGAGAUUUGA